UGCUUUUGAAAUACCCCAAGCCUGACACUUGGUACUGCUCCGUAGCAGUGGGGAGGCACACCUUGUCUGGCGUUGUGAAGAGGCUGUGCGAAAUGGCUGGCUUUAAGGGAUUCUUCACAAACCAUUCUCUCCGAGCUACGACAGCCACACGCCUAUACGAGUCCGGCAUAGACGAGCAGCUGAUCGCCGAAAGAACCGGACAUAGAUCCUCGGCAAUCAGAGAGUACAAACGGACAAGCGACCAGUUGCUGAAGGUUGUCGACGACGUCGUACAAAACAAACGUCGAGCAAAGCCUGCAACUUCUGCUGCGACAUUACCAUGCUCUUCCCGCCAGGAAUCCUCAUGCACUUCCUCGCCAGCUCCGGACAAGUCUCAAACCACGCCAAUAUCAUUUACAGUUGAGAGAAAGGGAACCAAGAUUUCGUUCAAAAUGUAGAGAAAAAUAAAUUCCCGAAUGGUUUGUGUUUUUUGUUUGUAUAUUUUGAAAAGGCUU